AAUUCACACUUCCUUAGAAAUAAAGCUUUCCCUCUCUCCUCCUUCCAGUUACUUUGUCCCAUUCACCCAGCUACUGCCAUCUCCACCUAAAUUCCAGACCUUUACCUUCUUCUCUUCUCUCCCCCUCACUCUCCACCUCCAAGCUUUUCUUGCUUGGACCCAUUUCACGGAUAAUCACUACAUUUCAUUAAUUCUUCCAACACUGCAACACCUAGUGGUUUUAGACCUUUGAUUUUCCAUCUUUAUAGAUCGGAAACAUUUGGGAUCUCGAAAUGGACGCAUUUUAAUUUCUGGAUUCUGAUGUUUUAGACUUCCGGGUGCAUUGUUUGUUUGUUCGGUAGAUGGGAUCCAGUGGUAGCAAAGCCGUUACUUCUUGCAAUUCAUCGUCCACGUCGUCGUCUUCACGCAGCUUUCGUAAGGGUCGAUCUAGAGGGCAUAGAGGUUUUCAGUCGUAUUGUUUAGGAACAACAUCUAGAUCUCAUGACAGUGACAAUGACGACCAGGUGUGUGAUGAGAAUAAAGAUAAUGAUAGUAAUGUUACGUACACCAAUGGUGAUGAAACAGAUGCUGAUGAGCUGAUAUCAGAGUCAUUCAGAAAGAUUAAAUCUGAUAAAAAACCAGGUAUCCCUCCUAAUGUCCACCAUGAUGAGUGGAGUCAAACAACCAUUUCCAACACUGCAUCUAGAACUGGUAGUAGUUCUGAUCGUCCAGCUCCAACUCAGUCUUUGAACCCUUCAAGCCGAUUCCUUUCUCGAUUUAGCCUUAUUCCUGGGAACAUAAGCUUCAGACUAAGCAGAACCACAAGUUUGGGGUCAUCACAACCUUGCCCUGUUUCUUCUGCAGGUCUCUCAAUAUUUAACGAUGGAGAUGUCCUUAAUCCGCAGCCUGGACCUACUGGAAGCUUGGCUAAUCAAAAUGAAGCUCUACAACGUGGUGAUUUGAUUCCUGCAUCACAUUGCUAUGAAGACACUUCUAUCAAUUUAAGGUCUAACAUCCCUUCAUCAGAUUCCAAUGGCAACUUGCAAAACAACCCAAUGAGUUCUUCCAUGCAGAAUAUGAUUAGAGAUGAAGAUGGUCCUAGAGAAGGGCUAAAUCUUAACUUGUUUUCUCCAAGAAUUCAUGCCAGAACAGAAAAUGUUGAGAUUAGACAUAAUGACCGCCGAAAUGGAGCUCAAGAACCUGUUGAGCGGAAUGUUCGCUUUAGUCGUACUUUGAGUGUUGGAAGGCUUCGUGAUAGAGUUCUUCGUCGAUCAACAAUAUCAGACUUCACCUUUUGCCCACUGCAGCAAGAGAGGGAUGCAAGCGAUGCUAGUCAAGAUAUUGGAAGACAAGCAGUGGGGAGAGAGCCAAGAGGACUACCAUCUGAUGGUGACUCUACAAGUUCCUCUUCUAUAUCUGGUUAUCCUUCAUCCAAUAUGUCUAGUUCCCUGUUUGGCACCCAAGACUAUGAGGUUGAGUCUUCACGAUCAAGAGAAGCUAGGCAUCGUGAUCUACUGGAAAAUAGAUCCAAUUUCCUAGAACGGAGAAGAAGAAUACGAUCCCAGGUCCGUGCUCUUCAACGACUGGGAAGCCGAUUUGAAAACCUGUCUGGGCAUGACAGGUCAUGUAUUUUGUCUGGCCAACAUAGAAAUGGUCGUUGUACAUGCCGAAUUAGUAGUCGUGACACCAAUUCAAAUGAUGAUACUGGUGCUAGAGCUAGCAUAUCAAGAAUUGUUAUGCUUGCUGAAGCCUUAUUUGAGGUUCUGGAUGAAAUUCACCAGCAAUCAGUGGUUUUAUCUUCACGCCCUUCUGUUUCUUCUAUUGGAUCUGUUCCUGCACCUUAUGAAGUUGUUGAGUCCUUGCCUGUCAAAUCAUACACUAAGUUGCAUAAGCAUCAAGAGGAUGCUGCUCAAUGCUAUAUAUGCCUUGUGGAGUAUGAGGAUGGAGACAGCAUGCGAGUACUACCAUGUCACCAUGAAUUUCAUCUAACAUGCAUAGACAAGUGGCUAAAGGAGAUUCACAGGGUAUGCCCACUAUGCCGGGGGGACAUCUGCAUUGCUGAUUCAAUACCAGCCUAGAACUGAAGUGAAAUGGGCAGGUUUUAUUCAGCAUCUCCUUCCCCGUGCACUAUCAAGAGCUCUUGGGAGAGUUGCUAAAUUUUCUACCCACCCUGGCUAGACUAUAUACAGUUCAAGUCAUAUCCGCGGGUAUCGUCAUUAUGCCAAUGACUAUUCACUAAAUAAUCUGAACUGCUCUCUGGCUCUGCCAACUUGACUAGGUGAAAGUCAGAGUUCCCUGUCUCUGUUCUUUCUUUCUUUCUUUUGGUCUGAGGAAAUAUUGUAAAUAUGUUUCAGGAAAGUUCUUCAAGUUGUAUCAUUUUUUAACAUGUUGCGGAUACUUGUGUUAAUGUGGAAGAAGAGUCUUCCAACUUCUUUUGAUUGUUGAUGAGUUGAUGUUAGGUUGAAUCUGCA